GAUGUCAUCGGGAUCACAUUUAAGCAAGGAAUUACAUGAUCUGAUCAAGUCAAUUGGAGAGACUCGUAGCAAAUAGGAGGAGGACAAAAUCAUCAUCAAAGAAGUUCAAUAAUUAAAGACUAAACUAAAUGAGAAGAACAUGCCACCGAAAAAAGUGAAGGAAAUGCUCAUCAGAGCAAUCUACAUUGAAAUGUUGGGGUAACAUGUAAAAGUGAAGUAUAAAGUCAUGAUGCUUCUUUUGUACACAUCAAUGCAAUUCAUCUUACGCAGUCCAAGAAUUUGGCACUCAAGAGAUUGGGCUAUUUGUGUUGUUCCUUAUUUUUGGAUAAUGAUAGUGAGUUACUUAUAUUGUUGGUGGCCACACUCCAAAAAGAUCUAGCAUCGACCAAUGUUCACAUCGUAGUCAAUGCUCUUACUGCAGUUGGGAAAUUGAUCAGCAAGACUUUUGUGAAUGCAUUGACAGAGCCUGUAUUAAAAUUAUUGACUCAUAACACUGAUAUUGUGAGGAAGAAAGUAUAGCGAUGAUAUCAUUAUAGGCAUUGAUGGUGAUGUAGAUUAUCAGAUAGUUGAACCAAGAUUGCAUCACAGAAUAAGAUUAUGAUGACAGAAUCAGAAGAGGAAUCCAAGACAAAGAGCCCAGUGUUAUGGGAGCAGCCUUCAAUCUCUAUCAUGAAGAGUUAAAGAAAGGCGCUGUCAAUAAGUACAAACCAUUGACAGGAACCUUUGUUUCGAUGCUCAAAUAAAUUAUAGAACACAAACUACAUAAAGUAAAAUUUUAUUUAUUAAAAUCAAAGGAUUAUGAUUAUCAUAGAUUUCCUGCUCCUUGGUUAUAAAUUAAGUUGCUUCAAAUCCUCACUCUUUUGGGAGCCAAUGAUUUGAAAGUUAGUGAAUAGAUUUACGAAGUAUUGGGAUCGACCUUAAGAAGAGCUGACGACACAACUAUCAAUAUAGGUUAUGCUGUGACUUACUAAUGUGUCAAGUGCAUCAGUGGAAUUUACCCUCAAUAAAGUCUACUUGAAUAAGCAGCUAAUUCUGUAUCUAGAUUUUUGAAAUCCGAUAAUAAUAAUCUUAAAUAUUUAGGAAUUAAUGCUUUGACUUAGAUUGUUUCUAUUUCAUAGAAGUAUGUGUUAGAACACCAAAUGACAAUUGUAGAUUGUCUAGAAUCAAAUGAUGAUACAUUAAAGAAAGAAACCUUAGAAUUGCUAUUUAAAAUGACGAAUGAACAAAAUUGUGAAGUCAUUAUUCAAAAAUUGAUCCAUUUCCUCAAAACGAGUUCAGAUACUAAUUUCAAAAAGGAUUUGUUUGUUAAAAUAUCUUUACUAAAUGAAAAACAUGCACCUACUCAGGAAUGGUUCAUUAAGACAGCUAACACAUUAUUUGAAUUCGGAUCUGAAUUCAUAGAUAAUGAUGUCAGAAACAAUUUCUUUAAAUUAUUAAUAGAUAAUUUUAAUGAUAUUGGAACUGAAUUUGGUGUGUUCAUUACUGAAAUUUAUUCUGAUCUAUUAAAAAAUGAGUUGUAGGAUAACAUUUUGAAAAUUGUCUGCUGGGUUAUUGGUGAAAUUGGAUCACAAAUCUAUGAUCAAGAUCCGAAUAAAUUAAAUGAAUUAACUCAAUUAGUAAUCACUAAAUUAGAUUCACAAUUAGAAUCCGAAACCACCAUAUCAUGGAUAUUAACAUGUUUGGCUAAAUUGCAAUCUGCAAGAGCAUUUUAAAUGUUUGAUUAAACUAGAGCCAUCUUUUAAAAAUAUAUGCAAUCAAAAAAUCUUGAUUGUUAAUAAAGAGCCAUUGAUUUCUUCACUCUUGCUAAAUUUAAUGCAGCACUCAAAGGUUCUAAAUUUGUCACUGUGGAUCCCAAAAUGUCAUUCUUAGAUGCUUAUGUCUAAUAAGAAAGAUAACGUGGAGCUCAGCCAUACAACCCUUCAUUAUAAGUGAAAGCAGCAGCCUUAGGUUCAGCAACAGAAGCACCAUCUCUUAAUUUUGGACCUUAUAGUGAUAAUAAAUAUGGAGGUGCCAAAACUGCUACUUUUGGAACAGAAGAAAAUAAAACAACAACUUAAAAUCCAUCAGCUCCAACUAUCGCAGGACCUUGGGAUGACACAGGUUACAACUAAAAAUAACCGGCUGCUCCCAAACUUGUUGUUGCAACUCCUAUGGCCAUCGGGUCAACUACUGGCAUGGGUAGUAAUGGAAGCGGUUAAACAACAACAACCAAAACUGCUAUGUAAGCUAUGGGCAGUGGAUAAAUGGGGGUGAAUACUAAUUCAACUUAAAAUACAUAUAUUCCACCUGUCAGGCCUCUACCACCAAAAGAAGAUCCAAAUUUAAAGGAAAAGCAGAAAUUAGCAAAUCAAUUGUUUGCUCCCAUUUCCUAGACAUAAUAAUAACCUAUGUAAUUGAACUUAUUUAUAUAUUAGACCAACUUAGAAAAAAGGAAUUUCAGCUGUAUCUACACAAAAACCUAUGAAUACAAAUCCAAAUCCUAUCUAAGCACCUCAGUAAAAACCACCAGCUCAAGUUUAGAAUUUAUUAGAAAUUGAUGAUCCUAUACCAGCUCAAUAACCAGUCCUAGGAGUUCCUUAGGUAUAUGUUCAAUAACCUUAAAUAAUAACUCAAAAACCAAUAGUGCCUUAAUAAAUUCAGCCACAACAAUAAUAAUUACAACCAUAAUAACAAUGGUCACAACCCCCUCCUGUAUAGACAAUCCCAUAACAAUAAAUCAAAUAAUAUAUACCCGCCAAUAUUAAUGUCGAUCAAUAUGAACAACUGUGGGACAGAUAUCAAAAUAUUAAAGAAGUCACUCUUCAAAGCAAAGUUAAAUCUGAAUAAGACUUUAGAAGGAUGAUUUAAGCAAUUAAUAUUAAUGUAAAUAUUAAUUCCGAAUAUUCUUUUAGAUUAUUGAAGUGAUUGAAUAGGAAAUUAUCUGUGCAGGUGCCAAUGCUGAAAAUAAGAGUUGCGUAUUAUUAUAUGGUUGUUACAAUUCGAAUGGUUCAUUGGAUUUGAAAAUCAAUAGUACAGAUCCUAAGGAUGGUGAAUACAUUUUAGCCCUUAUCAAGAGAUAAUUCUGUUGA